ACUUGUUGGGUUACGAGUUUAUUAAUGGGGUUGGAAUGGAAAUAAUAUAAAUUAAUAUUUUCCAUAAAUCUUCAAAUCGCAAAAUUUUUUGCGGAUGCUUCAUUGAUCUGGUCACUUUAGUGCUUCAUAUGCGUCUCGCAAAUAUGAACUACACCAACCAAAUUACAUUGCUUAAUUUUAAAGGAAAUAUUUUCGAUUUCAGCAGUAGUUCAAAAAGUUGCUUUAAUUUAGUGAGCAAAAGGAAUGGAGAAAAGAAGGCCUUCCUCUUUCAUCAACAAAUGAUCAAGCAUGUAAAUUGUAUGAUGCAGCAAUAUCUCAGUAUGUUGGUUGGUAUGAAGAUCCCUCACUUGGCGGAUUAUCGAAAACUAUUGAAGAGAUGAUUGUAGCUGAUCCAAACUUUGUAAUGGGAAAAGCUCUUUCAGUCGGUUUUGAUUUGCUUGGUACUGGGCGAAGUGUUUUAUUGGAUGAAAACUUUCAAAAGGAUGUUGAGAACUUGGAACACAUGGUUGAAAGUCAAGCUUGUGUCUUAACUCCUAGAGAAAAAGACCAUGUAAAAGCACUUUCAUCUUGGGCUUCUGGAAAUCUGAUUGAUGCAACAGUGAUAUGGGAUGAGAUAUUACAGAAACAUCCUACUGAUAUUUUAGCUCUUAAAAUGGCGCAUGAUACAUAUUUUUAUUUGGGUUAUCAAAAGGAAAUGAAAGAUUCUAUUGAAAGAGUUCUUCCUCAUUGGUCUCCUGAUAUUCCUCUUUAUGGCCACCUAUUUGGAAUGUAUGCAUUUGGAUUGGUUGAAAUUGAAUCAUACAAAAAAGCAGAAAACAAUGCUAAAAAGGGUUUAGAAAUUAAUGCAAAGGAUGCAUGGUCUACUCAUGCACUAGCUCAUGUAUUUGAAAUGGAAGGAAGAGUAGAUGAAGGUGUUACAUUUCUUCAAAAUACUGUGGAAGAUUGGAAGGUCUGUGGUUUGUUAGCAUGCCAUAAUUUUUGGCACUGGGCUUUGUAUUAUAUAGAAAAGGGGGAAAGUGAAGCUGCUUUAGAUAUAUUUGAUUCAGAAGUUAGUGAUAGAAUGAAAUCUGGUGCCAUGUUAGACAUAGUAGAUUCCACUUCAUUGCUUUAUCGUCUUGAAUUAGCAGGUGUGAAUGUUGGAGAACGGUGGAAGGAAGUUUUUGAUAUUUGUCGUCCACAUUUUGAUGAUCAUAUUUUGGCUUUUAAUGAUAUCCAUUUAUUAUUAUCCAGUAUUGGAACUAAAAACAAAGAUGCCACCAAUUAUUUAUUGACAUCACUACAAGAAUUUAUCAAAAAUGGAACUGGUGUAAAUCAUACAAUCACUCGAGAUAUUGGCUAUUCAUUAUGCGAAGCAAUUGUUGCAUUUGACGAAGGGAGAGUGGAAGAUUGUUGUGACAUUUUGUAUCCGUUACGCUAUAGCAUUGUUCAAAUAGGAGGCAGUAAUGCUCAGAGAGAUAUGUUUAACAUACUCUUAAUAGCUGCUGCUAUGAAAUCAACUUGUAAACACCACCAAAGUGUAUUAAGGCAACUAUUGAGUGAGCGAACAAGAUUUAAAAGCAUCAGCCAAGUGCCAGAUUGAUCUUACCUUGAUGCUUUAAAUUUGUAUUUUUCCAUUGUGAAGUAUUUUUUGUAAACAUUCUUUUGUUUACAUCUUUUCCUGAUAUGGGUAAGGGUGACAAAAUUUAUAAGUAAAAUUAUACUUAUUCCAGAGUUUUAAUUUAUUCAUUAUAUUUUGGGUACAUAAGCCAACAUAUUUUACUUAGACUGACUUCAUUUAAACUGUGCACAAGUUUUAAAACAAUGCACUAGAUGUUUGAAAAAUGAGCUUUAUAUAUUGAAAAAUAACUUUAUUUCCUCAAGUCAUUGUUUCAUACUACAAGAGUGUAUCUUGUAAUAGAUAUUUAACAUUUUUAUAUUGAUGCAAUAAAUAUAUAUAACUUGUUGAAAUUCCACACAAUAUUUACUAUCAGUCUGGUUGUGAGAAUUAUAAAAAAUAAUCAUGUAUAUUUUUUUUUGUUGUUGUAAGGCAUGAAGUAAUUUCAACUUAUGUAUUUGUUGAAUUAUUUUAUAAAAAAAAGUCUGAUUUAAUUGAGUGAGUUCAAUUCAGAUAUAUUAUUUUACAUUAAAAUUCAAUUAAGUUUUGGUCAAUAUUAUUAAAUCUAGUGCAGAAAUGUUCAGAAACUGAGAAAAAGUUCAAAGUCAUAGUAAAAUUCUUUAACAUUUAUUUCUGGAAAGAAUAUGAUGUAAUGAUAACUAUCACUACAUAUAUUUAAUUCAAUUUCUGAAGGGAUUUUUUUUUUUAAAAUUUAAAGUGAUGCUAAAUUUCUUUCCCUCAUAAUUAUAAUUUUGUCACCAUUAUUUUAUAUUUAAGGACAUAGUAAAGAAAAAAGUGAGUUCUUGUUUUUCAGUUUUUUUUUCUAAAUUUAUAUUUAGCUGUUAUCUAUUGUAAAAUAUUUUAAAAAGAAUUCUUCUCAAAGUUAUGAUAGGACACUUUAAAGUCAUUAUCAUAAAACAUUUAAAUUUUUCAAUUGCCAAUUUACUUUGAUCUUCUUUAAAGAUUAUUUGAUUUUCAAGACAUAUUUUAUAUUUUUGUUUGUAGUGUUUCUAGAUUUCAUUACAAGAUUUUAUUUCCAUGCACAUGUUUUUCAUGCACGACAAUGAAAAGUUCAAACUUUCUCCAUUCUUCAAGAUGAGUUCUGGUUCUUAAAUUUUUUAAGUGGAUAUUAGUUACAGUGUUAAUCAAGACCAAAAGACACUGUACUUACAAACUUUUGCUUCAAUGAUUGGAUUUUCAGCAUUAAAUAUCAAUCCUAAUAAUUCAAAAGGUCGACCUCAAGUUUACUAAUUAGUUAGUGUUAACUAUUAUUUAACUGAUAGAAUCAGGCACGAUGCCCUUUCUCUUUAUAAACCUAUGGCUUUUUUUAGGGUCUUUGGAUUUUCGACAGUCAAGAUAUUGUAUUCAGUCUGAAUCUGGAAAAUGUGGUCCUGAUAGUUUUAUCAGGAGACUGAUUAAAAAAAAAAAAAAAAUAGAGCUCCCUAAUGUUAGUUGCACUUUUUUGCAUAUUUCACUAUAUCUCUGGAACUUUUUCAUCAAUUCUGAAACAUUUUGCUUGCAAUUAUAAAAUUUAUUUCCCCCCGAGAUAAUCUUAUGUAAAAAAUAAUUUGUAUUGUUUAUUUGUAAUUUCAAUCAACUGUACUUUAAAAUAAUUUAAAAUUAUGAUGUAUAGGAAUUUUUGUAUAAUUAUAAACUAAGUAAUUUUAAAUGACACAAUACAAAACUUGAACAAAAUGCUUUGAUAAGUUCUUGAGAAAUGAAAAUUUGAAAUUUUAUUUCUGUUUGAAAUUUUAUCACUCAGAAACUAUUUGACCCAUUUAACUCAAAUUUCAUAUAUUGUCAUUCAAAAUGACGACAUUGUUUCUUAAAAUUAAAUUUUUUUUUGGACUUUUGCCAAUUAACACUAAAAAGAUAAAGGAUUACCCUUUGAAAUCCAAUCAUAGAAAGAAAAGUCUUUCUGGGUGAUAUAAUUUUUUUCUUCAGCCCAAGAAAAGUCUUUCUGGGUGAUAUAAUUUUUUUCUUCAGCCCACUGUACUUUUUUAAAAAAUAUCAUAUGAUAAAAAUGUUUCAUUUAUGUGGUUCUAAUGUCAAAUAAAAUUAAAAGUGGAUUUUAGAAAUUUUGAAUUCUAUGCUUGAAAUAGAUUUUUGAAUAUUUAUGCUUUUUUUUCUGUUCCACAAAAAAUGACCAAUGUAGAAAAUUUCAGGCCCAAGUACAACUGGGGCAAGUAUAAAAUUCAAUAAAUAAAAUUCCUAAUUAGGAGAUAAUUUGAUUUUAACAUAUUUUGUAUCUUUUUUUUUGUUGCCUUAUCUAAAUUUAUAUGGAAAGAAAAUUUAUUUUGUUUUAAAAAAUUAUUCUUUUGCUAAAUAUUUUUUUAAAUCUUAUCAUUACAUUUUCCUGAAUUGUAGAGACAUGACAGUUUGUAUCACUAAACUUUUCAUGACAGUUUGUAUCUACUAAAUAAAUUGGUAGCAAUAAAAAUAUUUGUUAUAUCUUC